AUGGUUGCUGCGCCGUCUGGCGCCGCCGUACUGACUGUCGUCUUUACACUCGUCGGAGUGGCAGCUGCCAUCUUGGUCGCUCGAAUCUACCUGCGCGUCGUCAUACAGAAGCAGAAACUCAUAGCCGCCGACUGGCUACGGAUACUAGCAUGGCUAUCUGCUCUCGCCACGGCGUCCUUCGACAUAGUAUACGCAGUCGAGGGGUCGUUAAAUCCCGAAAACAAUUAUACUCUGGUCAAUUGGGACGUGUCACCAGAAAAGAUGGAAAGGGUUCUUAGGGUAAGCAUCGCCAGAAUCAUGCCAACACUGGGACCAGGUACUGACCAAGUCGACUCAGAUUUCAUGGGCCUCAAUGAUACCUUUCUUCACGACAUUCUACCUAUGCAAAGCAUCCCUCAUUGUUGUAUACUUUCAAUUAUUCCCGCCCUUCAUGAAGAAAAGACGAAUGGCGCUUUGGGCAGUGUCUAUUUACUGCGUGUGCGCAUUCAUCGCCUCGAUGUGCCUUCAACUAUUUCUCUGCUUCCCCGUAACAAGAAACUGGGAGAUAAAGGAGCCCGAAAAGGCCUGCAGCGACUGGUCGCUUAUCACGACCUUCCAAACUGCUUGGGCGCUACAUUUUAUUGGAUCUCUUGUUUGUACGUAUGCCCAGCUCUACUAUCGCGGUCGAUCCUAGCUCACGAUUACGCAGUAUUUGCUUUGCCAUUCUUGAUUCUUCACAAGCUCAACAUGCGCCCUCAAGUGAAAGUCAGUGUUUAUGCCAUUUUCCUUCUUGGCUUCAUCGACAUAGCGUUUUCCUUGACUCGUUUCCUCACUAUCCAACUCACUGUUGUCGGAGAUUUCAGAUCCAUUACAGCAGUUGAGCUAUGGAGUUCGCUCGACGUUUACAUCGGCCUAAUAGUCGCCUUCCUACCUGCUCUUCGACCCUACCUUCGCCGAAAGGGUGCCAAAUACAGUUACGCCGAUUCAGGCCGGCCAACAGGAAACUCAACCCACCCUGCACGCAGGACAGUGGACCGAGGUUUCACAGAGAUCGACGAGACACCAUCCUUAGAAGGCGAUCCAAGGCCCGGCCCGUGGACAGUUUCACAUUCACCUGAGCUUGGCGCAACGGGAUGGAGUGAUAAGAAGAGUAAUAGUAGCGAUGUCGAGCUCGUAAGCCUUGACGUCACGGCAGCCAAGGAUCGAGAACAUGUGUAA